AUGCUCGGGCCCCGGCUGCUGCUGUUCCUCUCCUGCGGGGGUGCCCUGCUCAGCGCCGGUCUGGACAACAGCUCCUUGGUGCCCCCAGGCCUCCAGAGGCUGAAGGACUCCCCGCAGACAGCUCCAGACAGGGGCUGGUGCUCCACAUGGGGGGCUGGCCACUUCUCCACCUUCGACGGCCACGUGUAUGAUUUCUCGGGGACCUGCAACUACAUCUUUGCGGCCAUGUGCAAGGAUGCCUCGUCCACCUUCAGCGUGCAGCUACGGCGAGGGCCGAGCGGGAACAUCUCCCGGGUCAUCGUGGAGCUGGGGGCCUCUGUGGUCACUGUGCAGAAGGCGGUCAUCUCCGUCAAGGAUGUGGGGGUCGUCAGCCUGCCCUACACCAGCAACGGGCUCCAGAUCACACCCUUCGGCCAGAGCGUGCGGCUGGUGGCCAAGCAGCUGGAGCUGGAGCUGGUGGUCAUGUGGGGUCCGGGCACCCACCUCAUGGUCCUGGUGGAGAAGAAGCACAUGGGCAAGAUGUGUGGGCUGUGUGGGAACUUCGACGGUGAGAAGACCAAUGAGUUUCUGAGCGAGGACGGCCAACUCCUGGAACCCCCUAAGUACGCCGCCCUCCAGAAGCUGGAUGACCCCAACGAGAUCUGUGCCUAUGAGGCCAUCCCCAGCCCCCCGGUCCUGCAGGCAGAGAACGCCCAGACCUGCAUCCAGCUGCUGACCCUGGUGUCCCCCGAGUGCAACGUGCCCAAGGAGCCCUUCCUGCUGAGCUGCCAGGCGGACAUGGCCACGUGUGCCCAACCCGGCCGGCACAACUGCAGCUGUGCCACGCUAUCUGAGUACUCGCGCCAGUGCAGCAUGGCCGGCCAGCCCGUCAACAGCUGGCGGGGCCCUGGCCUCUGUUCUGUGGGCCGGUGCCCAGCCAACCAGGUGUACCGGGAGUGCGGCGAGACCUGCGUGCGGACCUGCUCCAACCCGCAGCACAGCUGCCCGGGCUUCUGCACCUUCGGCUGCUUCUGCCCGGAAGGUACGGUUCUGGACGACAUCUCCAAAAACCACAGCUGCGUGCCUGUUCCCCAGUGCCCCUGCUUGCUCAGCGGGGUGGUCUACGCCCCUGGGGAGGUCACGACAGCCGCCUGCCAGACCUGCCGGUGCUCCGGGGGCCACUGGGAGUGCGUGGAGCGGCCCUGCCCCAGGCGCUGUGCCCUGGAGGGCGGCUCCUUCGUCACCACAUUCGACGCCAGGCCCUACCGCUUCCACGGCACCUGCACCUACAUCCUCCUCCAGAGCCCCCAGCUCCCCGACGGGGGCUCGCUCAUGGCCGUGUACGACAAGUCUGGGUACUCGCACUCGGAGACAUCGCUGGUCGCUGUCAUCUACAUGUCCAGCCAGGACAAAAUUGUGAUUUCUCAGGACGAGGUGAUCACCAACAACAGGGACACCAAGUGGCUGCCGUACAAGACUCGCAACAUCACAGUCUUCAGGCAGACAUCCACCCACAUCCAGAUGGUCACCACCUUCGGGCUGGAGCUCGUGAUCCAGCUGUGGCCCGUGUUCCAGGUGUACAUCACUGUCGGGCCCCAGUUCAGAGGCCAGACCAGAGGGCUCUGCGGCAACUUCAACGGGGACACGACGGACGACUUCACGACCAGCAUGGGUAUCGCCGAGGGCACCGCCUCGCUCUUCGUGGACUCCUGGCGGGCAGGGAACUGCCCAGCCGCGCUCGAGCGUGAGACCGACCCCUGCUCCAUGAGCCAGCUCAACAAGGUGUGCGCGGAGACCCACUGCGCGGUGCUGGUGAAGAAGGGCACGGUGUUCGAGAAGUGCCACGCCGCCGUGGACCCCAAGCCCUUCUACAAGAGGUGCGUGUACCAGGCCUGCAACUACGAGGAGACCUUCCCGCACAUCUGCGCCGCCCUGGGCGACUACGCCCUCGCAUGCACCUCGCGGGGCAUCCUGCUCCAGGGCUGGAGGGGCAGCGUGGACAACUGCAGCACCCCUUGCACAGGCAACCAGACGUUCAGCUACGACAGCCAGGCCUGCGACCGCACGUGCCUGUCACUGUCCGACCGCGAGGUUGAGUGCCACCCCAGCGCCGUGCCCGUGGACGGCUGCAACUGCCCCGAGGGCACCUACCUGAACCACAAGACCGAGUGUGUGCGUAAGGCCCAGUGUCCCUGCCUCCUGGGCGGCUCCAAGUUCAUCCUGGCCGACGAGUCCACCAUGGUCAAUGGCGUCAUCUGCUACUGCGUCCACGGGCGGCUGAGCUGCCCGGCACAGCCUCAGAUGCUCUUGGCAACCUGCUCGGCCCCCAAGACGUUCCAGUCCUGCAGCCAGUCCUCGGAGGACAAGUUCGGGGCGGCCUGCGCCCCAACCUGUCAGAUGCUGGCCACCGGCACCCCCUGUGUGCCCACCAAGUGUGAGCCUGGCUGUGUCUGUGCCAAGGGGCUCUACGAGAACGCCAACGGGCAGUGUGUGCCCCCCGAGGAGUGCCCGUGCGAGUUUGCAGGCGUCUCCUAUCCCAAGGGCGCCGAGCUCCACACGGACUGCAAGAGCUGCAUCUGCUCUAGGGGGACAUGGACGUGCCAGCAGAGUGCCCACUGCCCAUCCACCUGUACCCUCUACGGCGAGGGCCAUGUGGUCACCUUCGAUGGGCAGCGCUUCGUGUUUGAUGGCAACUGCGAGUACAUCCUGGCCACAGACAGCUGCGGUGCCAGCGACUCGCAGCCCACCUUCAAGAUCCUUACAGAGAAUGUCGUGUGUGGGAAGUCAGGCGUCACCUGCUCGCGGGCCAUCAAGAUCUUCCUGGGGGGCCUGUCCAUCAUGCUGGCGGAUAGGAACUACACGGUCAGCGGGGAGGACCCCAGCAUGCACUUCCGGGUCAAGGCCAGCUCCCUGCACCUGGUGCUGGAUGCCACCAUCAGCAGCACGUACCACCUGACCCUCAUCUGGAACAAGCACAUGACCGUCUUCAUCAAGAUUGCCCGUGCCUCCCAGGACGCCCUCUGCGGCUUGUGCGGCAACUACAACGGGAACAUGAAGGACGACUUCCAGACACGCAGCAAGUACCUGGCGUCCAGCGAGCUGGAGUUCGUGAACUCCUGGAAGGAGAGCCCGCUGUGCGGGGACACCACCUUCACGCUGGACCCCUGCAGCCUCAACACCUUCCGUCGCUCCUGGGCUGAGCGCAAGUGCAGCAUCAUCAACAGCCAGACCUUCGCCGCCUGCCACGGCCAGGUGUACCGCCUGCCUUACUACGAGGCCUGCGUGCGCGACGCGUGUGGGUGUGAUGUCGGCGGGGACUGCGAGUGCCUGUGUGACGCCGUGGCCGCCUACGCCCAGGCCUGCGUGGACAAGGGCGUGUGCGUGGACUGGCGGUCCCCAGACUUCUGCCCCAUCUACUGCGACUUCUACAACACCCACACGCAGGUGGGCAGCGGCAAGUACCAGUAUGCCCAGGAGGCCAACUGUACAUGGCACUACCAGCCGUGCCUCUGCCCCGAGUGGCCGCAGAGCGUCCCGGGCGCCAACAUCGAAGGCUGCUACAACUGCUCCCAGAACGAGUACUUCGACCACGACAAGGGGAUGUGCUUGCCAUGCAAGCAGGGACCUCCUGGGAGUUCGGCAACAGGCGGCCUGGUGGGCACUGGACACUACCUGCAGCUACCCUUGGGCAGCACCCCGGCUGGCCCCUCCAGUCCCUGCCAGGCCCAUCAAUGCAGAGCUGAAGGCUCUGAAGGGCCCAGGCAGGCGGAGGCGAGGCGGGAGGAAGCACCCCCGACCACCCCUCCUCUUGCAGCGUCGUCGCCCACCGUGCCGCUGCCCACAGCAGGCUUGCCUGGCACAGAAACCAGGCCCACCACAGCCACGGCCAGCACCACAGUGACCCCCGGCACCACUGGGCUGAGCUCCCCCAGACCCUCGCCAAGCUCCCCGGCCACACCUGAGGCCCCGACCCGGACACCCAGCCUUCCAGCCACAGCCACAGCCCCCACCACCCGGACACAACCAACAUUCUCCUCGGGAGGUAAGGCGCCCGGGCCAGGGCCCCGGGAUGGAUUCGCCUCGAACCACCUCCACCGUCACCACACGGGCCACAGCAGCGCCGACCGCCACGGCCACUCGAAGGUCGACAGCCACGGCACCCACCGUGACCCGGGCCACAACGCGGCCCACAGGAUCCUCCCGCAGCACAGCCACGCGGUCCACAGCUCGGUCCACGGCGCGAACCACAGCAGCCCCGCCAACCCCAGCAACAUCAGGGACCUCCACAGUGUCCCCCACAAAAACAAAGCCCACACCCACAGCCCCACCACUGACAAAGACCACAACAAGGACGGCCACACCCAGAACCCCGCCACUGACAAAGACCACAACAGGGACCGCCACACCCACAGCCCCACCACUGACAGAGACCACAACAGGGACCACCACACCCAGAACCCCGCCACUGACAAAGACCACAACAGGGACCACCACACCCACAGCCACGCCACUGACAAAGACCACAACAGGGACCGCCACACCCAGAACCCCGCCACUGACAAAGACCACAACAGGGACCGCCACACCCACAGCCCCGCCACUGACAAAGACCACAACAGGGACCGCCACACCCACAGCCCCACCACUGACAAAGACCACAACAGGGACCACGCGAGCCCAGAACUCGGUCAGCACAGCCACAACCUCCACGGCCCCGGUAUCACACUCUACUUCAAAUGCCCUCCAUCCAACUGGCACCCCACCCACAUCGACACACGUCCCUGUCACAGAAACAGAGCCCACACCCACAGCCCCACCACUGACAAAGACCACAACAGGGACCGCCACACCCAGAACCCCGCCACUGACAAAGACCACAACAGGGACCGCCACACCCACAGCCCCACCACUGACAAAGACCACAACAGGGACCGUCACGUCCACAGCCCCACCACUGACAAAGACCACAACAGGGACCGCCACACCCAGAACCCCGCCACUGACAAAGUCCACAACAGGGACCGUCACACCCACAGCCCCGCCACUGACAAAGACCACAACAGGGACCGUCACACCCACAGCCCCGCCACUAACAAAGACCACAACAGGGACCGCCACACCCACAGCCACACCACUGACAAAGACCACAACAGGGACCGCCACACCCAGAACCCCGCCACUGACAAAGACCACAACAGGGACUGCCACACCCACAGCCCCGCCACUGACAGAGACCACAACAGGGACUGCAACACCCAGAACCCCACCACUGACAAAGACCACAACAGGGACCGUCACACCCACAGCCCCGCCACUGACAGAGACCACAACAGGGACCACCACACCCACAGCCAUGCCACUGACAAAGACCACAACAGGGACCGCCACACCCACAGCCCCGCCACUGACAAAGACCACAACAGGGACCGCCACACCCAGAACCCCGCCAUUGACAGAGACCACAACAGGGACCGUCACACCCACAGCCACGCCACUGACAAAGACCACAACAGGGACCACCACACCCACAGCCACGCCACUGACAAAGACCACAACAGGGACCGCCACACCCAGAACCCCGCCACUGACAAAGACCACAACAAGGACCGACCCACCCAGAACCCCGCCACUGACAAAGACCACAACAGGAACCGCCACACCCACAGCCCCACCACUGACAAAGACCACAACAGGGACCGCCACACCCAGAACCCCGCCACUGACAAAGACCACAACAGGGACCGCCACACCCACAGCCACACCACUGACAAAGACCACAACAGGGACCGCCACACCCAGAACCCCGCCACUGACAAAGACCACAACAGGGACCGCCACACCCACAGCCCCACCACUGACAGAGACCACAACAGGGACCGCCACACCCAGAACCCCGCCACUGACAAAGACCACAACAGGGACCACCACACCCACAGCCACGCCACUGACAAAGACCACAACAGGGACCGCCACACCCAGAACCCCGCCACUGACAAAGACCACAACAGGGACCGUCACACCCACAGCCCCGCCACUGACAAAGACCACAACAGGGACCGCCACACCCACAGCCCCACCACUGACAAAGACCACAACAGGGACCACGCGAGCCCAGAACUCGGUCAGCACAGCCACAACCUCCACGGCCCCGGUAUCACACUCUACUUCAAAUGCCCUCCAUCCAACUGGCACCCCACCCACAUCGACACACGUCCCUGUCACAGAAACAGAGCCCACACCCACAGCCCCACCACUGACAAAGACCACAACAGGGACCGCCACACCCACAGCCCCACCACUGACAAAGACCACAACAGGGACCACCACACCCACAGCCCCACCACUGACAAAGACCACAACAGGGACCGCCACACCCAGAACCCUGCCACUGACAAAGACCACAACAGGGACCGCCACACCCACAGCCCCGCCACUGACAGAGACCACAACAGGGACCGCCACACCCAGAACCCCGCCACUGACAAAGACCACAACAGGGACCGCCACACCCACAGCCCCGCCACUGACAGAGACCACAACAGGGACCGUCACACCCAGAACCCCGCCACUGACAAAGACCACAACAGGGACCGUCACACCCACAGCCCCGCCACUGACAGAGACCUCAACAGGGACCGUCACACCCACAGCCCCACCACUGACAAAGACCACAACAGGGACCGCCACACCCAGAACCCCGCCACUGACAAAGACCACAACAGGGACCGCCACACCCACAGCCACGCCAUUGACAAAGACCACAACAGGGACCGCCACACCCACAGCCUCGCCACUGACAAAGACAACAGGGACCGCCACACCCAGAACCCCGCCACUGACAAAGACCACAACAGGGACCGUCACACCCACAGCCCCACCACUGACAGAGUCCACAACAGGGACCGCCACACCCAGAACCCCGUCACUGUCAAAGACCACAACAGGGACCACCACACCCACAGCCACGCCACUGACAAAGACCACAACAGGGACCGACACACCCAGAACCCCGCCACUGACAAAGAUCACAACAGGGACCGCCACACCCAGAACCCCGCCACUGACAAAGACCACAACAGGGACCGCCACACCCAGAACCCCGCCACUGACAAAGACCACAACAGGGACCAUCACACCCACAGCCCCACCACUGACAGAGACCACAACAGGGACCACCACACCCACAGCCACGCCACUGACAAAGACCACAACAGGGACCGCCACACCCAGAACUCCACCACUGACAAAGACCACAACAGGGACCGUCACACCCACAGCCCCGCCACUGACAAAGACCACAACAGGGACCGCCACACCCACAGCCCCGCCACUGACAAAGACCACAACAGGGACCGCCACACCCAGAACCCCGCCACUGACAAAGACCACAACAGGGACCGUCAUACCCACAGCCCCACCACUGCCAGAGACCACAACAGGGACCGUCACACCCAGAACCCCGCCACUGACAAAGACCACAACAGGGACCGUCACACCCACAGCCCCGCCACUGACAAAGACCACAACAGGGACCGUCACACCCAGAACCCCGCCACUGACAAAGACCACAACAGGGACCGUCACACCCACAGCCCCGCCACUGACAAAGACCUCAACAGGGACUGUCACACCCACAGCCCCACCACUGACAAAGACCACAACAAGGACCACCACACCCAGAACCCCGCCACUGACAAAGACCACAACAGGGACCGCCACACCCAGAACCCCGCCACUGACAAAGACCACAACAGGGACCGCCACACCCACAGCCACGCCAUUGACAAAGACCACAACAGGGACCGCCACACCCACAGCCCCGCCACUGACAAAGACCACAACAGGGACCACGCGAGCCCAGAACUCGGUCAGCACAGCCACAGCCUCCACGGCCCCGGUAUCACACUCUACUUCAAAUGCCCUCCAUGUAACCACGUCCCCACCAUUCACCACCAACUCCCAAACAGAGCCCACACCCACAGCCACACCAUUGACAAAGACCACAAGAGAGACCACCACACCGACAACCCCGUCACUAACAAAGACCACAACAGGGACCGCCACACCCACAGCCCCACCACUGACAGAGACCACAACAAGGACCACCCGAGCCCAGAACUCGCCACCAUCACGCCUGUCAGGUCCUCCCUCUCACCUCCAUCCUCUCCCACCCUGUCCCCUCUCCCCACUUCCAGUACCACAGUCCUGCCUACAUCCCGGACCACAGCCAGCAACCCCACCUCCUCAGUUCUGUCCUCUCGGUCCACUACCUCACAGCCCACCUCUCUCACGACCCGAGCCCCCACGCAGGGCCUCCUGUCUUCUACCCUGGGGGUGACAGCCAUCCCGAAUUCUCCAGCCACCAACCUCACCACCAGACAGCCAAGUACCACCGGGCUGCCGGCCACCGUAUUCCUGACCAGCUCCAUCACUGCGCAUGGAAGCUCCUCCUUUCCCACUGCCGGGUCCUUUUCCACCAGGGACCAAUCCAUCUCCUCUCUCAUCACAUCUCUACCCAGCUCUCCAGGGACCUGCAGCGUGAGGGAGUUUGAGGAAGAGGUCACUUACCAGGGGUGCACGGCCAACGUGACGGUGACCCGCUGCGAGGGCGUCUGCGCCUCCUCAGCCAGCUUCAACACUGACACCAUGCAAGUGGACACCAACUGUAGCUGCUGCCACCCGCUCAGCUCCCAGGAGAAGCAGCUCGUGCUGCCCUGCCCGGACCCCAGGGUGAGGGGACAGCGGCUGACACUCACGCUGCAGGUGUUCAGCAGCUGCACGUGCCGCUCCCAGCGCUGCAGAGACUAG